AUGGCGACUCUUUCCUCCAUUAUUAAACUCCAUUCUUCUUCUUCUUUCCCCAUGGCAGUUAUCAUCGCUCUCCUUUUUCUUCUAACCUUUCUGUGCCUCCCACUGCCCUCCUACUCCACAAGAACUGUCCCAGUACAAGAAAUCUGUUCGAAACACACAAACCCUGCUUUCUGUACUGAAACCCUAAAUCCUAAAUCUGGUUCAGACCUGCAAACCCUAGGCCAUUACGCCACCAUGGACGUAGCUCACCUCCAUGCCUUCCAAACCAUCACUGAUCUUCACUCUCUCAUCGCCAACACAACUGAUCCUCAGAUGAGACAACGUUAUAUAACGUGUGCCAUAGCGUACGAUGAUGUUCUUACUCGUCUCCAAGAUGCUUCAAAGGCCUUGGAUUCUGGAGAUUACAGUGGCAUGAACUCUGGCGCGAAUUAUGUCAUCGUGGAUGCUCAAGAAUGUGAUUCGAAGCCACCUAGUGCUGAUCCAUCGUCUAUUCCGAAGAAUAAUAAGAAUCUGGAGGAUACUGCUUUAAUCAUUGUGAUUAUAACAGGUUUACUUAGCCAGAAUUAA